AUGUCAUACGAAGAUCUGGCCAGAACCCUCCGCACAUAUGGCUUCCAACCGGACGCCGAUGCCCUAAGAUCCGCCUUCUCCCAAGGCCCAGAGGCAUCGGAAUGGGUGCGCCGCCACCUCAUGAGCCCCGAAACCCUGCUCGCUCGCGACGAGCUGGAUCAGUACGCCACGCUCGUCAAAUCCGGCGUCGCGGACAGGCUGGCGUCGGAGCUUGAACACGAGGGACGCCAGUCGUCGUCAUCGUUGUCAUCGUCGGCCCCACAGCAGCAGCAGCACCAGCAGGGACAUGGCGUCGUCACCGUGAGUGCGCGCGACGCGGACCUGAGGACCGCCAUCGAUGAGCUCAACCGCGCCACCGCCGCCGUGAACAGGCAGACCGAGGCGCUGAGGCAGCAGCACGACGCGCUGGAGCGGCUUUUUGCGCAGGACGCCCGCGCCGCUGACGCUAGGGCAAAGGCGGCCGCCGCUAGGGCGCGACACGCCGCUGCGGAGAGGAGACGGCUGGCGGCCGAGGCAGAGGGUCUUGCGCAGACGCUGAGUGGGCGGGUUGUCGAGUUCGAGGGUAGGCGGAGCCGCGGGCACGGAGGAGGUUUGCAGCAGACCAUCGAUGGGCUGUUGAAAUCGGACGACAAGCUGCUGGCGAGUCUGCAGAAGCUUGGAUGGGAGCUCGAGGCUGACGACCCGGAGGAGCAGGAGGGGGUUGUCAAGGCGAGGGAGAUGUGUGCGCGACUGAUCAAGUACACCGUCGAGACGUUGCGUACCAAGCUUGACAGGCUAUAUCUGGAGGCGCUGGAAAAGGAGGAUGGAAAGCUGAGGAUUGGUGCAGACUCUCAGCGAAGGCGCGAUGUUCCAAAAGAGGAAAUCGAGGAGAUGCAAGCCGAGCUGGAGGAGCUAUAUACCGAGAUUCUCCCCGUGGCACAGAUGUCUGUCGAGCAGCAGUUUCUCGAACCAGCAGUCCAGUCUUUGGCGGGGCGCUCCGCCUCGAACCUCACCCGGUCUGUGGAGGCGCUUGACUACGUUGACGCUUGCCUCAACUACCUCCUCCACAACAUGACGGCUCUCUCAUCUCGCGUCGAGGACUACAAGGCACAUGAGUCAGCCACGGCGACCCUCCUCGGCGCCGCCAAAACCGAACUAUCCAGCCAACUCCCCACCGCCACACCAUCAAAAGCCCACGGCCGUACGGCAAGCCUACCAGCCGCUGCGUCACCCAUCCGGCCCCGCCGCGCCAACACAACAGCAAACAUCAUGAACAGCAACGGCGCGGAUCAGCAAGACCAAGAACCCUCACUCCCGACGCUCCUCCGCACCCUCGCCCUCACCCUCCCGGACGAUCCGAGCAGGGACGCCGCAGCCCUGUCCGCGGCGCUGCACGACCGCUCCGCCAAGGCCGCCGACAUGGCGCGCAACGUUCAGGCGUCGUUCGAGGGCUCCGUCGCGGCGCACAUGGUCGACGCCGCUACCGCCGUCGCCAGCCUGCGCGACAGCGUCCUUGCCGAAACGGCCGCAGCACCGACGGCGGGGGCAGACGGCUCUGUCGUCGCGCUCACGGACCCCGAGACGGAGAGCUUCAUCUGGAUGCUGCAGCAGGAGGUCGGCAAGGUGCGCGGCCGUCUGGCGGACGUCGAGGCCGAGAUCAGGGCUCGCGAGGGCGGCGCCGGGAAGCCACGACCAGACCAGCUGGGUAGGGAUGGGUGCGGGAAGCGGGAGGAGCUCAUAAGGCGCUGGGGAUCCGCACGCUGA